AUGCGCCAAAGUUGCAGUUUUGGAAAAGUGGAUAAAGAACUGUGUAUACGUGAACAUGCUUUUGACGACGUGGCAACCUUGAUCACUUGCAACACUACAUUUUUUAUUUUUUUUGUGAAAGGUAUAAGAAUUUGAAAGGAGCAGAAUGGCUGCAAACGAUACAGGUGCGCGGAAAGUUGCUCUUAUCACUGGAAUAACCGGUCAGGAUGGGUCGUAUCUUGCAGAACUUCUUCUUUCUAAAGGAUACAUGGUUCAUGGUAUUAUAAGGAGAUCAAGUUCAUUUAAUCUCGGAAGAAUACAUCACUUAUUUGAUGAUCCUAAGUCCCACAAACAUUAUCAAUUAAAAUUACACUAUGGAGAUUUGACUGAUAGUACCAAUCUUGUUAAAAUAAUAUCUGAGAUAAAUCCAACAGAGAUUUACAACUUAGGAGCAAUGAGCCAUGUCAAGGUUUCAUUUGAGUUGGCUGACUACACCGCAGAAGUUGAUGCUUUAGGAACGCUAAGAUUAUUAGACGCCAUAAAAACCUGUAAUAUGGAGAAAACUGUCCGAUUCUAUCAGGCAUCCACCAGCGAAAUGUACGGCAAAGUACAAGAGAUUCCGCAAACUGAGAAGACGCCUUUCUAUCCCAGAUCACCUUACGGUUGUGCAAAACUCUACGCGUACUGGAUCACGAUCAAUUUUAGAGAAUCGUAUGGCAUGUUUGCCUGUAACGGAAUAUUGUUUAAUCAUGAAAGUCCAAGGAGAGGUGAAACAUUUGUUACUCGUAAAGUCACCCGAACAGUUGCCAAAAUCAAGUUAGGUCAGCAAGAGGAGCUUUCGAUGGGAAAUAUAAACGCUGUUAGGGAUUGGGGACAUGCGAGAGAUUUUGUUGAGGCAAUGUGGUUGAUGCUACAGAAUAACAAACCCGAUGAUUUCGUUGUCGCAACAAACGCUGUACACACCGUACGAGAAUUGAUCGAACUCUGUUUUAAUCUCGCCGACAUGCCCAUAAAAUGGGAAGGUGAAGGAUUGAACGAGGUUGGAAAGGAAGUUUCGAGUGGAAAAGUCCGCGUGAGAAUCGAUGAGAGAUACUUCCGACCGGCAGAAGUGGAAUAUUUGCAAGGUAAUCCCGAGAAAGCUUACAAACAACUUGGUUGGAAGCCGAAAAUUUCAUUCAAUGAACUCAUCAAAGAAAUGCUUGAAAGCGACAUUGAGCUGAUGAAAAGAGAUCCAAAUGCUUGAAAUAGCUAAUUAUAAAUUCGUAGUCCUCUCUUGCUGAUGUAAGAUAUACUUCCUAUAUAUAACGCAAUGUAUUUUUCAUAAAUUGCA